AGCACGUCGGAAUCACUUCCUGGCUUUUAAGCAUGUAUCAGCUGACAACACGUACGAGCAUAACAGUUACUAACGUCUCCUUUCCAUUUCCUCUCCAUUCUCUUCUGGUGUUUUCUUCUUCGGUUAAGAUAAACUAGCCAUUUGCAUGCGUCAGUCUUGUUUCUUUGUGAGGAAAGACAUUUAAAGACAAGCACUUUCAGUGGGAGAGAGGGAGAGAGGGAGAGAGACUUAGGAGAGAGUAAAAGAGCAUUCAGCAUCCGAUAAAUGGCUGAAUUUGGAGGGAAAUGGAGGGGUUUGAAAUCGGUGUUGAUGGUUCUGAUCAACUUUUUGUUAGCUUUUGUGUUUGUUUCAGCUGAAAGAGGCUUGACACGUGAAGCAACAUCUGCAAGAACGGAUGAAACUGGAGAUUCUGUGUCAAGUUAUGCUCUCAAAGCUGUGAGCUUUUUAUGGCAGCCUGAUCAACAAGGUUAUCAACAUGUUUGGCCGGAAAUGAAAUUUGGUUGGCAGAUUGUUUUGGGUUCAACCAUUGGAUUCUUAAGUGCUGCCUUUGGGAGUGUAGGUGGUGUUGGUGGCGGAGGCAUUUUCGUUCCCAUGCUUCGCCUCAUUAUUGGGUUUGAUCCUAAAUCUGCAACAGCUAUUUCUAAAUGUAUGAUUAUGGGUGCGGCAGUUUCAUCUGUUUACUAUAAUCUUAAGCUAAGGCACCCAACGAUUGACAUGCCCCUUAUUGACUAUGAUCUGGCUCUGCUCAUCCAACCAAUGCUUAUGCUUGGUAUUAGUCUAGGCGUUGCUUUAAAUGUGAUUUUUGCAGACUGGAUGGUCACAGUACUGCUCAUUGUUCUUUUCACAGUUACAUCAACAAAGGCAUUCUUCAAGGGUGUUGAAACAUGGAGAAAGGAAACGAUAAUGAAACGUGAGGCUGCGAAGCAUUUGGAGUCCAAUGGUGCCGAUGCUGGGGAAGUGGAAUACAAGCCUCUUCCUGGUGGCCCGAGCGACAGCCCUCAAAAGGAGACCAAGGAACUAGAGAUCACUGUUUUUGAGAAUGUUUACUGGAAGGAACUCGGACUUCUUGUUUUUGUUUGGGUUGCAUUCCUCGUGCUGCAGAUUGCAAAGGAGAGUACAUCUACCUGUUCGAUAGGAUAUUGGGUGUUAAACUUGUCACAGAUCCCAGUUUCUGUUGGGGUGACACUUUAUGAAGUAGUCAGCCUGUACACGGGACGCAGAGUAAUUGCAUCCAAAGGAGACGACGGCACAAAUUUCAGAGUCCUUCAGCUCAUGACCUAUUGUGCCCUCGGUGUGAUGGCUGGAGUGGUGGGUGGGCUGCUUGGAUUAGGAGGAGGAUUUAUCAUGGGUCCACUAUUUUUGGAGCUCGGAGUUCCUCCUCAGGUCUCAAGUGCGACUGCCACCUUUGCCAUGACUUUCUCGUCAUCCAUGUCUGUUGUAGAAUACUACCUUCUGAAACGUUUUCCUGUUCCUUAUGCUGUUUACUUUGUCGUUGUUGCUGCAUUUGCUGCGCUCAUUGGGCAGCAUAUUGUGAGAAGGUUGAUCAUUGUGUUUGGAAGGGCUUCUCUUAUCAUCUUCAUUCUAGCUUUUACUAUAUUUGUCAGUGCAAUUUUACUAGGUGGUUUUGGCAUAUCAAACAUCAUUGGAAAGAUUCAUCAUCAAGAAUACAUGGGAUUUGAAAAUCUCUGCAAGCAUGAUGACUAGCAAUUUCUUAUGCUUUAAGUUUUUUUUGACAUAUUUAAAUUCCCUUGUGUUGUAAUUUAUUUAACGAGGCUAUGAAAAAUGUUGCAUGCUCCCUACCAACUCUUGGGCUUUAGCUAGAGGGAUGUAGGAGUAAACACAAAAAUUUUGUGUUCUUAAGAACUUAUAGAUACUUUUCAUGUCAUA